UGUUCGCUAUAUCACAGGUUUUCUGACUUGAAGCUUGGAGUCUCCUUUCUCAGGCUAGUUUUUACUAAAUGUACUGAUUGUCUCAUGUGAGAAUGGGGCUCCAACUUGGACUUCUCUGUGCAUUACUGAUCUUCACACAAAUAUGUCAAGCCAAAGAGCAAGCUCUAGUCAGCUCAGAUUUGCUCGUCUGUGAUACCGAUUAUUGGUUGAACAUCAGCUGUUUUUUAGAUUCCAGAGCCAUUCCCAAAAGGAAGGAAAAUAUUACAUACCAGCUGGAAUUUAACAUGAAAAAUGACAAUAUAAAUUUCUGUUCGCUUGCAGUGGAAAAGGAUGGCUACAGCUGCAUAUUCAGAGCAAAAGUGGCUGCCCAUCGAUCUUCAUUUACGGAUAACCAUGAAUUUAAAAUAAGCCUGUGUGAACUUAAACAGUGUGUGCUUUUGAAGUCCAGUUACAAGCCAGCACAUCACAUCAAACCAAUUACUCCAUAUAAUCUGACGGUGCAAUAUGAAAAUGGGAACUAUACCUUUACAUGGAACAGUGGAUAUGAAACUCACAUAUAUGGUAAAAUCUUGCCUUUUGAGUACAUUUUGAGAUACCAACAAGUGGGACAAUCUAUCAGGAAGGAGCUGCAUACAAAACAAACAAAGUACAUGAUCCCAGAGACACAUUUUACUCCAGGAACUGAAUACAUUGCUACGGUAUAUAACAAAAUUCUCAGUAAAAAUGCUCAGUAUGAUGGAACAACGAGUCAUGAGAGCACUGAAAUCAGGUGGAGGACCAGACCUGUUUUACUCCAGGGCAGCACAGUGGAUGCAGGUAGAGAUGCAGUAUCGGUGGAGAGUGGAAUUAUCAUUCCGAUUUGUUUGGUAGUAGGACUAAUGUCUCUGUUGUUAUUUCCUGUUGCAAGAAUGAAGAUUAAAAAGAUAGCAUGGGUGAAAACUCCAGCUCCACACAUCUCACCCCUAACCCAAACAGCUCAGUGCAACAUCCAGCUUUGGCUCUCUAAAGGUCAUGUACAACAAGUUUACAGCGAAGAAAUUUCAACAAUUGACAUGAUAACGGAGAUCACAGCAAGACAACAGCUUCCAGAACAUACCACAAACAUGUAUUCACAAUGUCACACACCUUACGUGGGUCCUUCACCAGAAUUCUGGGCACCAUGUCUGACAUCUGACACAUGCAUCACUGAUACCAAUCCUUGUACCAAUCUUGAUUUCCUGCCUGAUGACUGCGAUGUUCAGGAAAAUCUCCUUUGUUUGAGCAAGCUCGAGGCUGUUGAGAGUUUUAUGUCUUUAGAUGACCUUGAGCCCAAACUUGAGAUCUGCAAGCCCACUGAAGUAUUAACCUUUACCAACCCUGCUCAAAAUUACUGCACUUUAACUAACUCAGACAUUGGCCUUAUUCCCACAUUUGGCAGUGUGCAGUGUGUCCCCAAUCUUGGUUUACGGCUAAAUGAUCAUUCUGCACCUAACCUGUUGAACAUGACGUUGGAAGAGAAUACACCAGAAUUGGACACAGUGACUCUGGACAAUUUGCAGCUGUCUAUAGAAGGGUGACCAUACACCAUGAGCUGUCUGAAUUAAUGCAUUAUUUUGUAGAUACUGCAUCAGCUGCUUCACAAACCUUCACUGCAUGGUGUACUCACAGGCAGUCACAAUGCUUUUUGUUUUAAACUGGUUCUGUGUUCAUCUUUCAGCACAUUCAGCUUUAUACCAGGGAAAGUGCUGCCCUCUGCUGUCUGAAAUCACAGCACAGAUAUGGAUGUUCAACUUUCGCACUGUUUUCACAAUGUCGUAUAGAAAUCUCCGACCUUUAGGACUUGGUCUAUGUCAUUAAGCAAAGAUUACUACAAAGUGCUUACAUAAGAUAAGUAGAACCAAUUUGGAAAGCUUAACCAUUGAAACCAAAACUUUGAGGAGGAUUUUCACAUUUCUUUAUUGCCAGAAAGACCUAUUAGCCCUUUUCUAUUCAUAUCCACUUUAAGAAGUUUGGAUUGAAGGUGAUACUUCUUUAGGCUUUACUUAAUACUGAUCUGUAUGGCCAUUUCUGUUAUUCUUCCACAUAUUUUACUAUAUCAGCUUAAAUAAUAAAAUUAUCCAAAUACCAUGUCUUAUGAUAUUAAUAGCAUAAAAACAAAAUUGAAAUAUCACCUAAAUGUUUUUGUAUCUUCUUUUCUAAAUGUAAGAAGAGCUCAAAACAUGGUUUUAAUUUCAAAAAAGAGGUGUGGGUUAUCAACCCCGUGAUUUUGAACCAUCACCUCCACCAUUUUUUGUAUAAAUGACAACCGUUACAAGAUUUUUGUGAACACCGUCAGACAUUAAGAGAUUUAGUGACACCUUGGAUUGCAAGUAACACAGUUUGCGAGUGUUCCGCAAGACGAGCAAGAUUUUAAAUAAAUUUUGACUUGAAAAACGAACAAGUCUUGGUUUAUGUGUACCGAGUAACAUGUAGCACGCAUGCGCUUUUUGUUUUGAUGCCAAACGUUACAUGAUCACAACGGAGCCAACAGUUUUUCCUCCCUGUUGUGCUGAGGAGUUGUGGUUAAAACACUGCUCUGUCACAAUUCUUUUCAAAGGUAAAGUGCAGGUACACAUUUGUUUGUUUGUUUUACUUUACAGCAGUGGUUUUCUAAGUAUAUUCUUGCUAAUUUUUCUGACAAAACAGUUUUUCUCCAUUAA